ACAACUCGUACACCAGUCUGACCAAAGGCGUGACGAAAAUCCAAGAUGUCGGACGAAGUUAUUUCAGACGAAGAAAGGGCCAAGGUAGCAAGUGGUUUUAUCCUUCAUGCACCACCUGGAGAAUUUAAUGAAGUCUUCACAGAUGUACGAAUACUGUUAAAUGAUGACCAAUUGCUGAAGGGUAUAUCAGGAUCAUUUGCACAGUACAAUCGGGACCAGUUUACACCCUGCAAAGUAGACGGCUCAGAUGAACAGUGUUUGAUAACAGAACAUGGUGAUUUAGGUGACCCGAGAUUUCUAGACCCAAGAACCAAACAGUCAUUUAGGUAUGACCAUUUAAAGAAAGAAGCCUCCGAUUUCCAACCAGCCAGCAUUGACCAGACGGCCGAGUCGUGGCGGGCAGCGGUGGAGAACGACCUGACAAACUACCACAAAACGUACUACAAGUACGGUGUCUCCUCCACGUACGGGUCCAGUGCGGCCGGGAAAAUCACCAUCACGGCUUGUAUUGAGAGUCACCAGUUCCAGCCUAAAAAUUUCUGGAAUGGCAGAUGGCGCUCACAGUGGUCCUGCACAUUUCCAGCGUCGGGUGGCAAGGCAGAACUCGUCGGGGUCCUCAAAGUACAGGUGCACUACUAUGAAGAUGGCAAUGUUCAGUUGGUUAGUUCUAAAGACGUUAAAGAGACCAUUAAUAUAUCAAAUGAACAACAAAUGGCAAAGGAGUUUGUCAAACUUGUGGAGAAGGCCGAGCGCGAGUAUCAGACAGCAAUUACUGAGAACUACUCGACCAUGAGUGAAACCACAUUCAAGGCCUUGCGUCGUCAACUGCCGGUUACCCGCUCUAAAAUUGACUGGAACAAAAUAUUAGGCUACAAAGUGGGAACCGCACUGUCGGCCCAGAACAAGAACUGACCCCAUGUCUGCUGUGCUUAGCUAUGAUAUGAUAACUCAUAGACUUUGAUUGCUGUUCCUUUUAGAUAUGAAAUGAUGUUUGUCAUGUCUUUCUGUCAAUCUUGGUCAUAUGUUGCAUUUGGAUGGUGUCCACUGGAAGGUGUUUUCUAGUUAUGAAAAUGAAUUUAUUUGGUUCAAAUUUUUUUUAUGUAGAAGAGUAUAAGUAGUGCUGUCUUAACACUUGUACACAUACUUUCAGAUUAAUGAGCAAGUUUUUAUUUUUCGGUAAUAAUUAAUAGCUUGUGUAUAAUAACUUUUUUUUCUCAAGACAUUCUCAUAGAUUAUUCUCAUAGAUAAAUAACCAGUAAUAAAUGUUCUUGCCGUCUGUAUGUUUCUGCAGUUUGUAUGAAUUAGAGAAAAUUUCCAAAUCUAUAAUUCUUUAAUGAAUUAAACAACACCAAUUGUAUUGUUCCUGAUAAAUAUUUAUUAAGCAUUUAAUAGUUUUUUGUGGAUUGGUUAUCUUUGUCAGCUUGUGUUUCUACUGAAAUGAGGAUUUGACUUUAAUACAAACAGUUUUAAACCACCCUUCCUAAAAUCCUUAAGUGCAAUUAUUGCAAUUGAAAUAUAUAUUUGCAUAUUGUUCAUAUGGCACAAUAUUAUUUGAAGCACAUAGGUUAAACGAGAUAGUGGCUUGAAGCCAAUGUUCAAUAAUGAAUGUCUAUGUUUUGCAAUGUUGCGGUGAUUUCAAUAUUUUCAUGGUGUGAUGAUGUGUUGAAAACAAUAAGACAUUUUAUAACAACUGUGUAAUUUAUUUUCUUCUCUUUACCAAUUAUUACUAUAUGUAGUUGUAAUACGUGUUUCUGUAUUUGUUUAUGUGUUGUACCUCUGAUUUAUCGUCUCAGUUAUGGGUUCAAUUACCGGUACCAUACGCAUCUUGAUUUCCAGUAAAACCAUCCAGUCAUAAAGUGCUAUUACAAUUUUUGAGUUGUUUAUUUCUAAGUUUUCUUCAAUUUGAGUGAGUCUUUUCAUAUAAAGUGGUAUGUCGACACUACACUUAGUUACGAUGAAGUGACUAUAGUUGUACAAAUGGGGAUGAUGUGAAGAAGUAUGUUAGAGUGUUUGUUAAACUACUUCAUAGCGACCAUUUUGCCUGAUAGCAGAAAUACUGUUUAACGAUUGAUUGAACUGUAAUAAUAUAAUUUAUUGUUAAUUGUUUUUGGAAAAUUCAUAAAAACAAAUAUGAAGAACUGAACUGAAACAAUAAGAUACACGUGGUGUGGUCUUGCAUAGAUGUCCAAUAGCGCCUUCUCUAAUACCCUGUUCUUUAUUUAUUGACCCGAGCUCUUAGAAAACCAGGCUGAUGCACGGGAAUAAGGUGUCGUCCCAGAUUAGCAUGUGCAGUCGGCAGAGAAGAAUCGGGCACAACACUUUCUGCCUUUAUGGUAUUUGUCUGUUAAGGAAGUCUCUUCUGAGCAUAGUGUUGUCCCUGAUUAGCCUGGUACUGAAUAGGCUAAUCUGGGAUGACAUUAUGCAUGUGCAUUAAGCCCUGUUUUCCCAGAACGAGGUCUUAUUGGGUAUCAAUUUGUUCAUCUUUUUAACUGUUAUUCAUAGAAUGUUGUCUUUUGAAUCAUUGACAAUUUGAAGAAUAUUCAAGUACAAGUCAAACUGCUGUAUAGGCAUGGUUGAUUGAAAGAUUCUUUUCAAGGGUGAAUGAAUACAUUUUAAAUCUAUUAUGUACUUGAUAUAUGCAAAAAUAAAAUACCUAUGUAUAUUGGUACAACCUUG